CUCCGUUCCCCAGGAACGCCUGGUCUGAAAGGUCUGAAAGAUACUUUUAGUAAAAAGUUCGAAAAUGAGUGCAGAUUUUGGAGAUUUUAUCGCAAAAUGUAGCCUUUAAAUCCACAAAGAUUAGGGUUUUUAUGAAUUUAUUAGACCAUGGAUGCAUUUGAGGAGCUUUUUAAUGCUGCUAAAGAGCCGAAGACAGAGAAAGAGAUGGUCCGCGCUUAUCUCAAAGUUCAAGCACUAGAAGCGUGUGAAACACCGCAUACAGAGCUGAUGAAGUGUUAUCAACAAAGAUGGUUUCCUGAAUGCAGUAAGCAGCAAACAGAAUUCUGGACAUGUUACAAACAAAUGAAUAUCAAAUUAAGAAAGAAGCACAAUGUAUAUUACUGAAUAUCAACAGCCAAUUGAUAAGUCAUAAAAAAACUCAUUGUCUGCAAGAAGCCAUGUAUAUGGCAGACGAGUGUUGGUCAAGGUCAAGGGUUUUCAUUUAGUUAUCGUAAAUAAAUUUGAUGGUUAUAACCAUUACAAUA